UGAUACUGUAACGAAUUAACAAAAUAAUUCAUACGUAAAUAAAAUCAGUUUUUAAAACAAAAUCCUUGCAUAGCAACUGAAUAUACAAUAUGGUGGAUUUGAAUGUGAAUGGUUGCUGUACCAUCUCUAUUUUGUUCUGUAAAUGUGUUCUUAUGUUGGCAUGAACUAAACAGUAAAAAAUCGCAGCAAUACGAGUGCGUGAAAAGAAUAACAUAUUGAUAUUGAUAUGUGCAUUGUUUUAAAUUAUUAUUUAUUAUUUACAUGGACAUCAGGACCCCAUUUACUUUUACAGACUCUAUAAAAGUAUUAUCUAUACUACUUAAUCAAACUCAAAGUUAAUCCCUUAAUCCUAAAUCUUAUUGAAAUUCUUAUCAAAAUUAUCAUAAUACUAUACUAUACUACAAAGUCACACCAUACAGUGACUUGAUAUACAUCAUAAUCAUACUGACUACUGCCAACUUGCCCAUACCAUAGGCAAGACAAGUUCUAGUAAUAAUUUAAAGUAAUAAUAAUAAAGACUAAAGAGUCAGAGAACUGAGUAACACACGUAUCUGAAUGAGCAGAGACAUGACAUAAGAUUGAUAAGGAUAGGAAUUCAAGUAUUGGUCUAACCUAAACAAAAUAUAAAAAUAAUGAAAUAAUUGAAAUAUUCAGUGAAAAUAUUUGAACAGAUUAUUUGUCAAAUAUUUUUAAGUUACACUCACUGAGUCUGAAUUAAGAUGUACCACUGUACCACAUUUUGAAAAUCGUAAUUAUAAUUUAAAAUUAUUAUAUCUGCAUUUUACCACUUAUUUAUACUUAAACCUUAAAUGCCAUUAGCUCAUGCACAAUUCCAAUAUUACUUUUAAAAAAUAUGGUUGCAUAAAAAUAUAAGAAAAUAAUUAACCUUAACAAUUUACAGGCAGCAAAUAUUUUUUUCAUUCAAUUGAAAUAGGGCUGCACUGUACAGUGAUUUCCAGCAUCAAGACAUUUAAAGCAAAGGAAGUCUAUACUGUAACUUUUCAGCCAAAGUGUGUGAACUUAUAUACUAGUAUGCUAUGUUUAUAAAGUCUACAUUUAAAUAUAAUUUUCCACAACCUGUUGGUUAAAAUUUCUUUAUAUUUAAUUUUAUAAAAGUGUGUAAAUUGUAUUACUAUAAACAGUAAAUAAGAUAGUGUUUGAAAAUUUUAAAAUCUAUUUUUAAUCUUCAUGUAAUUAAAUCUGAAUGUGUUAAUUACUUAUGUGAACGUCUUGGAAAGCUCUAUUAAUAAAUGUUUGACUGUAAUAAUAAUAAAUAAAUGAUUUAAAAAAAUAAUUUUUUAAAAAUUACUAUUUAGCUUAUAUAGUCUAAUUUCUAGUCUAAUAAUCCCUUUUUUUUUUCUUUGCAAUCCAGCAUAAAACAUCAGUCAUGGAGGACAUGUACAUGAAAGAAGCUAAACAAAUGAUAAAUGGCUUCAUUGACCUAGCUUUUCGUAGACUGGAAACAAGUAUGUCAGACAGAGAAAAGUCAUUUGAAUCUAUCAAACAGUUGCAUAGGUCAAGGGAACACACAAUACAAAAAGAAGAUACUUACAAUGUGGAAAAUAUAGAAUGGUUAACUAUUGAAGAAUUUACUCCUCAAAGAGGUGAAGAGAAAAUUCGUGAAUUCAUAACAGUAAGUGCAUGGUAUAGAAAAAUCCAGCGAGAUUUUCUUAUUUUAGGCCUACUGGUACCUAAAGAGACUUGAAAUAAUUUUUAAAAAACUUGGAUUUAACAUUUAUUAAAAAAUCUAGGCCUAAUACUUAUAAAUUUUAAGUUUUGACGCAGAAAAUUAAAUUUAACUUAAAUUGUUAACUUACAUAUUGUUUGUUUAAUUCAUUGAGAAAAAAAUACUAAGAAACUAAAUGUUGUCCCAACUCUCUUUACAGACAUGGGAGUUUGAGAAUUCCUGGUUGUAUUGCGUAGAUUUUCUUAGUGAAGAGGACACAGAAUUUGAUAAACGGUAUUUCUAUCGCUUGAAGUGGAGCAUUCCGACUCGUCGUAAGCCCAUUCCUAGAGCUACAGCCUCUGUUUAUUUUACAUAUGUCGUUUCAAAAAUCAGACCACCGGUUAGUAUAGAUUUUCUUUUUAAAAUAUUUUUUUAGGCUUUUCAAGAAAUUUCAAUAAAUUCUGUGACCUCAUUUUAUAAUAUUUAAUCUAAGGCAGUCCCUCACUGUCUUCAGGUAUUUUAAAAUAAAUAUAUAUAGUUUGAAUGCAGAGUCUCAUAUAGAUAUUUUCUUAUGAUUCUGUCAUAGGCCAUUUUAAAGUCCACAUAGAGUUGAUGUACCGGGAUAUUACAUUUGUAACAUAAUUUCUCUGGUAGACAUCUGAUGGUGAAAACCUGAUCAGUCAUCAAUCUGUUUUUUCUGAAUCCACAUUGGUUGUCACCAAGUAUUUUUUCAGUGUAUGGUUGUAGUCUUUUGGCAAUUAGUUUUGUCAGUAUUUUGUAUGUAACAUUUAAUAGGGAAAUUCCUCUGUAGUUUGUGCAUUGAAGUUUUGAACAUUAGUGUAUUGGGGUCAUUACUACUGUUUACCAUUCUGUUGGAAUUUUAUCUUCUUGCCAAAUUUUAGUCAUAAAUUUAUUUAUCUGAGUUUGUAGUUCUCUUCCUCCAUAUUUAAUACGUUCUGUCGUGAUGAGGUCUUCUCCAGAGGCUUUGUGGUUUUUCAUAGUUAAAGUGAGAAAUAGGUCUUGUUAAAAUUGAAUUUCUUUUAGGAUAUUUAACGCACAGAAGUAAAUAAAUAAAUGUACUCUUUUUCUUUAAUGAAAGUUUUUAACAAACAUUUAAGCUUUAACAUACCUUGUGCCUUAUAUUUUACAGCUUGAUUUCAGUGUCACCAUAUAAUGAAUUUUCUCCAUUCAUUUCUAGGAGAGUCCAGUGGAAGUGUUUUAUGUAUUUGAGACCAAUAGAUUGAUUCAUAAGUAAGUGUAAAUGCCAUAAGAAUUUGAAACAUUUGGGAAAAAAGAAUAACCAUCAAUUAAAUUGCUGGAAUUUGAUCAUUAUUUCAUUAUCAUUUGUGUCUUAAAGAAUUAGCGACUAUUUGAUUGCCAUGUUUAUAAUUUCUUAAGAGUUUAUUUUUCUUUUAAAAAUAAACAUUCAUUAACAGUUUUAAUAUUUUAAUUUCACAUUCUCUUAUUCUUUUUGAAAUAGGCCUGGGCUGUCACGCUUUAGGGAAAUGUGGCUGAAAGACAUCAUAGAGAGUAAAGUGAAGAUGAUUAACGAAGUGACUUUUUAAUGUCCGACCUGCCUGUUUGCAGUUCAUGAUUUUGUAUUAAGAUUUUUUAUUUUAUACCUGAAAUCGAAAAUUUAGAAUUGAAAGUACAAAAUACUACUAUUCAACUUUGUACUUUACAGACAGAAUUAAAGUUGUUUAAAUUCAUUGUCUUUUUUCCCACACAGCCAGAUUUUCUCAAAUGGUUUGUUACAAUAAUUUCCUGCUAUGGCUAUUAAUAAAUGAUGAAAAAUAACAAGAAUUCCAAGAAAAUUCAAAUCAAAAUAAGAGUUCCAUUAUUUUUAAAUUUAAUUACUAAAUGAGUAUAAAAAAAAUCAGUGAAAAUGAUUUCAUUUACUCCUAGUGACUAAGUGGGCUGAAGUGGGAUGUACAUUUUUAGAAAAAUUAAAACACUUUAAUGAACCCAAAUAUAUAGGCCUAGAGAAAACAUUAAGAGCCAAAAACUGGAUUAUCAAAGUUAUUAAUAAUUAUGAUAAAUUUUAAAAUACAUUUUUAAAAGUCAUCAAUCCUAUACAAAAAUAUUUAUCUAUAGAUGUUGCUUUUGAAUGAUUUUGAGAAUUUCAUAUUUAAAUUUUAAUACAGAUACUUGAAAAUUUUAAUUCAUAUUUGGAUUUAAAUUAUUAUUUUAGUUUGCAGCCAAUUUUAUUCAGUUUUUAUAUGGUUCAGGCAGCUUAUUAACGCUGCUCACGAGUAAAGAAAUUAAUACAUUUUAAAAUAUUUUAAAGGCUUAACAACAGUUUUUUUAAGAGGUCUGUAUAUUUGAAUUACAUUAGAAGAAAAAAAGAGAUCAAUAGUUAUGAACCAAAUUCUUGUAUCUUGCAAUAAAAGUUACUGAGAAAACUCAUUUUUUAUAAUAAUAUUGUACAUAAUAUUAAUCAUAUAUUUGGUUAAAUUCCUUUUUCCCAAUAAAAUUGUACAUGAUAAUUUUAAUUUAAUAUUUUGUUAAACACUUUACAUAUUUUUUAUGGUUGAAUAAAUAUAAAAGGCUUA